AUGAAUGUGGCAUUGGAAGCAGCGGCGCAUGGCAAACAGCUGGAUACAAUUGUAGAUAGCAUUACUCGCGAUGAAACGGACCCAUUCACGUUUUGGAUGGCUUUGUUGGCGUACAGUACUGAACACCCCGAAGCACAGGACAGGCUCAUUGCACUUGCAAAGGCGCUUCGUACACGUCAUGUUUGUAUGUUAGAUGGAGAGAAAUUAUGGGAGGAUUUGCCUAAGCUUAAAUGGGCACUCCGUGAGAACUUUGAGAUGUAUGACGACACGGAAGAUGAGCCUAACGAAUUUGUGAACACAAACAAAAUGUAUGCCAAGUGCGUGAAGGAAGGCAUUGUGGACACACUCAUGUUUGCAGUGAUUUGCUUUCGCACCGCAUUAGAAGAGAAAAAUGUCGGGGAUGCUGAGGUCCAGUUCAAGGCAUUACAUGCGUGGGUCGAAAUUGCCGGGGAUAUUUUAUACAAUGAAGGAAAGCCACAUUACGAAAGCUCUCCAUUAUGCAGGGGCGGUGCCUUAUGGAAAGGUGGCCCUGGGAUUACCAAAGAGCGUUGGGAAUUUUGGGGCAAACGCAUUGAGGAGCUCGGCUCCAAUUCGAAUACGAGUAAAUCUUUGCUAGAAUGCAUGAAGAAGAUAUCCUCAUGA